AAACGAACAUAUCUCACUGUAAUAAGCGACAGUUUGAGGAGCUUGCGCUUGGUUUCUUCCUCAAAAUUUCUACCGCUGCUCGCAAUUUCCCUUGUUUCUUUUAGUCUUCUCUCUUCCUGGACAGUUUAUUCGCCUUGAUUGUACAGUAUAAGAUAUCCUGAAUGGAGAUUGAUUCAAAGGUACCAGAAGAGGCAGAGGGUUCAAUGCAAGUUGACAGUAAGGUUCAGGGGAAGGAUGACAUAUCUAACUCGAUGAAAAAGCUUAAUAUCGAGGGGUCAUUCUCCACUUUCAAGAAAAAGCCAGUCAUUAUCAUAGUGGUUGGGAUGGCUGGUAGUGGAAAAACAACAUUUCUCCACCGACUUGUUUGCCACACAAUGGCAUCCAAUAUGCGGGGUUAUGUAUUGAACCUUGAUCCUGCCGUCUUGACCCUUCCAUUCGGUGCAAAUAUUGAUAUUAGAGACACUGUUCGAUACAAGGAAGUCAUGAAGCAAUUCAAUCUUGGGCCAAAUGGAGGAAUUCUCACUUCGCUCAACUUGUUUGCCACGAAGUUUGAUGAGGUGAUAUCAGUCAUUGAAAAAAGAGCAGACCAGUUGGACUACGUUCUCGUGGAUACUCCUGGACAGAUUGAGAUAUUCACUUGGUCUGCCUCUGGCGCAAUCAUAACUGAAGCUUUUGCAUCUACUUUUCCCACUGUGGUGACAUAUGUGGUUGAUACACCACGGUCUGAAAGUCCAGCUACUUUUAUGAGCAAUAUGCUGUAUGCAUGUAGCAUCCUGUACAAAACAAGGUUGCCAUUGGUAUUGGCAUUCAACAAGACAGAUGUGGCUAAUCAUCAGUUUGCUUUGGAGUGGAUGAAAGAUUUUGAGGUGUUCCAUGCGGCACUAGAUGCUGACAGUUCUUACACAUCAACUCUGACUCGAAGCCUCUCUCUUGCACUUGAGGAGUUCUACAAGAAUCUCAGAUCUGUUGGAGUGUCUGCAGUUUCAGGGGCUGGGAUGGAGGACUUUUUCAAGGCAAUUGAAGCCAGCGCUGAGGAGUACAUGGAAACUUACAAGGCUGACUUGGACAAGAGACGGGAGGAGAAGCAACAAUUAGAGGAAAGACGCAGAAGGGAGAAUAUGGAAAAGCUGAGAAAAGAUAUGGAGAAAACCGGAGGACAAACUGUAGUACUGAACACUGGUUUGAAGGAUGGAGAAGAUAAGGGCAAGGCUAUGAUGGAUGCCGAGGAUGAAGAGGAAGAAGAAGAUGAUGACAUCAAGAUUUUUAGUGAGGAUGAUAACGGUGACAUAGACGAGGACGAAGAUGAAGAAGUUGCUGGCUUUUCAUUUUAAGAUUGUACAUGGUGUCUUUUGUGAAACACUACCUGUAUAGGACUGAUCAAAGUGCUAAACCCAAAACUGAGGGACACAAUCGAAUUCACUUCCUGUAAAUGUGACUUGGCCAGUGGUUGCAUUUGAUGUUAUCAUUACAUAGUUUAAGAGUUAGGUUUAUCUUGAUUUGUGGAUUUGCUCAUGGAAAUCCUUGCUUGGUAAUGAUUCUCUACUGAGUUACCUUUC